CGAAGUGCAUUGUUGGACAGCCUUGGUUCACUUCCAUAUAUUCAAAAUGGCGAGCCUCAGACAACUGUCAAAGCUUCCUGUGAGUCGUUUGGCCACGAGACAUUUUUCCCUUGCCUCUCGUUCAUCGGCAUACAUUCGAGUUGAUCCUACUCCGUACGAAAGGGUAGAGGCAGAUUCAUCCUUGUCUGCACUCCUUGCGAAGGAAAAGGGACCGUGGUCGGCCUUGACUAAAGAGGAAAAACUACAACUCUACAAAGCUCAGUUCCCAGAGACUUUUAAAGAGACUUUGACUGGAGAAGACCACACAAAACCUGUUGUUGGAGGUAUUGCAAUUGGCCUUGCUGCUGCAGUUUUGUUUUUUGCUUUCUUAAAGACUUACAUUGGACCAGAAGCACCAAGAACUGUAAAUCCAGAAUGGAGAGCAGCCAGUAAAGAGAAGAGAAAAUUGUAUAGACAAAACCCAAUCACAUCAGCUGAUCUGUGAGCAUUUCUGACUAUUUGGGAAUUCCAUCAAAGUAUAAUUGUCAGAGACGUUCAUUAGUUGCUUAUGAAUCGAAAUAUGAACACAUGCAUUGUAAUGUUUUAGUUCUUCAAACCGUUGUUCAGUGAAAAUUGAGUUUGAUUUUUGUGUGUCAAAAUGGCUUAGAGA